AUGAAUGACGCACAUUUGAUUUUAUUCUUUUCUAGAAUAUUUUGUGUACAUCCGUCGACUUGUGUUCUUUUUAAAGAUUAUGUUAGAGAACCUGGAAAUUUUAGAAACUAUGGUCAUACAGAUCUGAAUGAGAAUGGAAAAUAUUACAGAAAACAAUUCAUGCUUCAAUUAAUUAGGGAAUGUUUUGAAAAUUUUAACUUUGAGGCUGCAAGAUUGGCAAAAAAUCUUUACACUCAACUUUGCAACAAGGAAAAUUCUUGGAAAGAUUAUGUCGAUGCUUUGGAUUGUGUAGUUUUUGCGAUGGAUGGAAUAUGUUACUCAAGCAAUACUCUCGAGAUUAAUGAUUAUUCCAAAGCAAUCAUUGAAUAUAUCGAAUUGAUGGAAAUUGACCAUUUCAAUGUAAGAAAAUCAGAUCGCAAUGCAAGAACUAUCUUGAGUAUUCCUAAUCUUAUUGAGCUAUGUGAUACUAUUUUUAUUCCCAGAAACUUGCUCGAUUGUGAGGAUUUGCUAUUCUUGUUCCAUCAAUAUGGUCAUCGUUAUCCUCAUUGUGCCAAAUAUUUCAUGAGAAAAUGUAAUAUUGACAUUUAUGGCGUUGUUUUUGAUGAAAGCAGUAACAAGAAUGUCAAUAUGAUUUUAAAUUAUUUGUGCAGCUAUCCGUGCUGUUCAGCUGACAAGGCUUUAGGUUAUUUAUUUACAGAGUUUGGAUAUCAGAAUAUUGAUCUGACUCAAAUAGCAAAUCUACUCUGUUACAACUCUAGUUCUGAAACUGCCUUAGAUUUAUUGCAUCGAUCCAUUUCAGCUUUAAUUCAACACCAGUUUGCCUAUGUCGACGUUGUUGAGGGUAUUGAAUUGUUAAUGUCUCGUCUCACUCCACUGAAUUUUGACGCGUCAUGGAUCCAUCAACUAUGCACCAUCAUUCGAAAUUUAUAUCUUAAUAUCUAUUACACUCAUCACAAGGAAAUGAGUAUGGCAAUGAAAUAUCUAUUGGAUCACGUGAUGAUAGAGAAUGUUCCCUUUUCUGAAUACGUACAACCACUCUUGCCAAUAGAUCAGGACUCAACUGAUGCUGGUAAUUUUGAAAAUUAUGCCACCACCAGUGACGAAUAUAUGGUUGGUGUAUAUUUAACUGCAUGCAAGCUCAUUAAGGAGUUGCAGUCCUUUAAUUAA